AUGAAGUACUUCUACCUGAAGGCGUGCCUUCUCAUCCAAUGGCUCAUUUUCUCUCUGCUCCCUCUGGCUUGGUGUUCUCUGGCUCUCUCCUCAGUGCAUAGGUCACUCAGCUCGACCGACAGCCCUCCACUGAGCCCUCAUACACAUUUCCCUGCAGUGAGCGGAGCCUUCAUGGAUUCCCCGUACAACGGCAACACGUCCCUGCAGACGUCCACCUCCAACCUGAACGCCAGCUUCUCGCGGCCCCCGGAGCCGGAGGACAACGGCAAGGUGUCCAGCGAGACCAUCUGGCUGUGGGUGGCCGUCAUCGCCACCAUCGGCAACAUAGUGGUGGUGGCCGUGGUCUGCGCCUGUGCCUUCUGACCGCCACACGCUCCCACUUUUACGUCCCGACCGGCCCCAGACCACUAGCACACAGCCUGGAUCUCCUAACUCAACCAUCCCCCCCC